AUGUCUCCAUGGUCACAUUGUCCAGUGACGUGUGAUGGUGGAGUGCAGAAGCGUACGGUGUGGUGCGAGAACGAGAAGCGGCGUGAGCGGGUUCCGGACGCCGAAUGCUUGAUUUUGGAGAAGCCGUCCAGUAUUCGCGAGUGCAAUGUUGCCAAAUGCAAAGCAGUUACAUUGGGCAGCGACUACUAUCAGUGGUAUGCAGGCAAAUGGAGUCCGGUACGUGCUGCUAGGCGUAGAUUAUACCCAAAAUAA